UGUGGUUUGCAUAUCGCCUCCUCCUUCAAAAACAGGGCACGAAUGAUCUUAAUGGCCUGGUAUCUCAUGUGGGCUCCGUUUGGCGGGAGGUUCGAAUAGUUUGAACAUAAUGUGUUACCUGUGUGUCACUGUCACUAAGCAGCCAAUGCGGCACCACCAUGCAGGAUAACAUCAGACUUGCAUCAGCUGGAGAUGAUCUUAAAAUAUGGGACUACUCAUCCAUGACUAUGGUGGAGCAAUUCAAUCCACACAAUACAUCACACCCAGUAUCAUCCUUGUGUUGGAGCAGUAACAAUCAUUUUCUGGUCACUGCUUCUGGCAGUGGUGAUAAAAUUGUUGUUUCAAGCUGUAAAUCUAAACCUGUUCCACUGUUAGAGCUUGCAGAAGGGAAAAAACAGACCUGCGUUAAUUUAAAUUCUAGUUCGCAAUAUGUAGUCAGCGGAGGUCUGGAUAAUACUGUGAACAUCUGGGAUUUAAAAUCUAAAAGACUUCAUCGAUCCUUAAAGGAUCACAAGGAUGAAGUUACGUGUGUUACAUUUAAUGCGAAUGACUGCUAUGUUGCCUCGGGCUCUAUGAGUGGAGAAAUCAUAUUGCAUAAUGUAACUACUAAUUUAUCCAGCACACCUUUUGGUCAUGGAAGCAGCCAGCCAAUACGACAUUUGAAAUACUCCUAUGUUAAGAAGUCCCUUCUAGGAACAGUGUCUGAUAGUGGCAGUGUAACCCUUUGGGAUGCAAAUAGCCAAAAUCCAUAUCAUGUGUUUGAAAGUGCUCACAAGGCCCCAGCCUCUGGAAUAUGUUUUUCUCCAGUGAAUGACUUGUUGCUUGUGACCAUCGGACUUGAUAAAAGAAUUAUUUGUUAUGAUGUAUCCAGCAAGAUUCUCCUGCAAACUGUAGUGGCAGAAUCUCCCCUAACAGCAGUAGAUUUCAUGCCAGAUGGUGCAACAUUGGCAGUUGGCUCCUCUCGUGGGAAGAUUUACCUUUAUGAUUUAAGAAUGUUAAGUUCGCCUGUGAAAACAGUUAGUGCUCACAAAACAUCAGUACAGUGUAUACAGUUUCAACACAGCAAUAUUUACAAGUUGAGCAAAGGUCCCUCAAGUAAAUCAUCCAUUACGUCCACUUCUGUUAACAAGAAGCCUUCAACAAAGACAGCUGCUGGAGGAACGAAUAGUACAAACAUAACCAAAGAUUUUCCAUCUGCUAUAUCGUCAUUACCUCAGCCAGUCAUGCCUGUAGAUAGUAAAGGGCCUGGAGUAAAUGAUGAUAAACCAGGUUUUCCAAGAAGUACCAGUCUUGAUAUAAUCCCCUCAAAAGAAACAGACUUUGCCAAAACAUCUGAUUUAAAAUCUAUAGAAUCAUUUGGAAGAAGCAGUUUAGGGGAUAUAUUUUCUCCUGUGAGGGAUGAUGCUUCACAUUUCAGGGGAACUGAAGAUUUAGCCUCCAAAGGAAAUGAUCUCGAUUACUUGGCUCACUUUAAUACAAUACCAGCUUCAAGGAGAAACCCAGUGGGUGCCAAUACGCAAGGAAUACAUGGGUCUCCGCUACACCUAAUUAUUGGGAGCCCUAUAAAGGAAGAAGAUGAAUCACAAGAUUCAGAAUUAAAAACAAGGAAUUUACAGCAUCAACAACAAGAUUUUAGAGAAAGUUCCUCAAAACCAGCAAGUAUCGACCAAAACAACCUAAAUAAUUUGCCUGUAAAUUCUGUAACUCGGACACCAGAAGCAGUUGAAAAAGCAGGGCACCAAAUCCUCUCCCAGUUAAAAUCUGAUGUUCCUGCACAUGGCACAAAGGUAGCAAGUCCCAAGGUAGUUGCAACGAUGACUACUCAACUUGCCAGCUCUUUGUCUGAAAAGAUAGCGGACACCCUUGCAGGUGACAAAACUGGAGCACCAUUAACAGCUAUACAGAUUAAUUUCAUCAAAAAUAUGAUUGAGGAAACACUGGAUGACUUCAGAGAAGCAUGUCAUAGAGACAUAGUGAAUUUACAAGUGGAGAUGAUAAAGCAAUUUCACAUACAGUCGAGCGAAAUACAGAUGUUGUUGGAAAGAUACUCCUUGAAUGAAAGCUUAGUUGCAGAAAUAGAAAAGCUGCGGGAGGAGAAUAAAAGAUUACGGGCCAAUUUUUGAAGUAGAUCUACUCUGAAGACUGUUAAUAAGCACUUUGUUUUAUGCUUAAAAUGGGAAAAUAAUAUCUCUGCACACUCCUCUGUGCUCAAGGAGCAGCUUUUCUUGCCGUGGAUGUGUAUCACUAAAUGUAUUAGUGUCAAGAUUUUCUGCAUUGUGAAGCAAUAAUGAACUACUAUGUGAAUGGAACUUUCUUAGGAUUACUAAGUGUCAGCACCAUGUAAAGUCAUUCACAAGUAUCAUCAAAGUAUUCAUUGGGAACAUCAGGGUUUACAUACUGAAUUAAGAAAAGGAUUUUUAUACAUUAUCAUUGGACAUAUUUCAUGCAUAAGCAAUACUUUUCAGGUAUUUACUGAAACCAUAUCUGAAUCUGGCAUUGAACUGAAUAAUCUACAAUAAAUAUUGGCCAAAUAUAAAACCGUAUCUAAAUCUUUUGCUGCUUCAGUGAACUGUUUUGUGCAGUGAAGAAGCAUGAAUACAAUGAUUUGGGUUGAGUUCAGAAAAAUUAGUAAGUUUGUUAAAUGUUCUGUAGCUGGGCUUUGUCCCUUUACGUUUAAAGGAGAAGGAGAGUUUAAAUCAGUGGGGGUUGCCAAAUGUUAGGUACCCCCCAGUGAUUAUAAUAGCUUACCUGAGAUCCCAAGCCGAUGCUCCUGUUAGCAGAAACCUGCACCUGCCAGGCGUUAUUGCAAUCUUCCUUCUUUUCUCCAGGGUACAUGCAUGUGUACUAGAGUAAAAGAACAAGCUUUUCUUUUCUAAGUUUGGCUUUUACUCGACUUCACAGGCACCGGAACAAAAGAAGACAGAAGAAUCCGAAGAUAAUGGUGGCGAGGAUCUUCUGCAAAGAUACCCUGGGCCAGUACCUUUCAGCACCCUCCCGUGAUUGAAACUUUAGUUCUCCUUUAAGAUUUGCAGAAUAUUGAAAGUGAUAUUACCUGUAAAGCAGAAUGCUUAUUUAUUAAAAGUACGGUUCGGUUCACCCGAACUUUUUUGAAACAUUAAUUUAUCCAAGUGCCUAUUUUUAUUGGCUAUCAUCUGCAUUUAUAAAACUUUUAUAAACGGGGCUGUUGCUAAUGUUUUGGUGGUAAAAGUUUUCAAAAACAUUUAAGAAAUUUAUAAAGAAUUUGGAACUUUAAAAAAAAACCUUCAUCUUUUACUAUGAAUUCUUUCAAAAAGUGUCAUUUUCAAAAAAAAAAAAAGAAAUAUGAAUUUUUCAAAAAGUACAAGUAUAAUUUUUAUCUGUAUUUUGUAUUUAUUUAGGUUAGAAAAUGAGUUAUUUUUCAACACUGUAUAGAUUCCAAAACAUUUUUCCAUUUGUUCAGAUAAUGCCCUGAGUCUGUAUUAACUGUAUUUGUACAAUAUAAUGUAUAUCCUUUGCUGGAUGUAGGCUUUGGAUUUCAGUUAACUAAAAAUUGUCGUUACAUUUCUUUUCCUUGUUUCACUGGGUGUUUUUAAUUAACUUAAAAUGUUUUUGUUCAAAUCUGAUAUGGCAAAUCAUUUUAUUGAAAUGGUAAAAAAAGAAAUGCCAUUUUAAUCUUCAGCAGCACUACAUCAAUAUUUAGUUAUAAGAGAUGAAGAAAUGGUACUCUGGCUAAGUCUGAUUGAUGUCUGGUCAAGCAUGAUAAGAAAAAUUUAAAAGGUGUACCAAGAGAAUCACAGUGCCUUUAUACUGAUGAUAUUAAGUCAUUGAAUUAUUUAAUGACCUUGAAUUUUAAUAAAAUGCCUUUAUAUUCAAUCACAGCGCUUUUGUAGUUCCAGCUAUGCACAUUAUGUUCACAUACUAACAGUGCUGGUCAAGUAUAUUGAUACUUUAUGUGGAGCAGGGAUUUUAAUGCCAGUAUAGGAACUUGUAAAGCAAUAUAAAAUUACUGUAAAAGAAUAUUACCAACA